CCUCUUCCCUGUUCCGUUCCCCCUCCUGACGGCAGCGGGGAUGACGCACGUCCGGCGCGCUCUGUGCACAGGGCCCGCCCCCGCAGCCAUGCCCGCCGGCGCGCCGUGGCCCACCUACCUGCGGGCGCUGGCGGCCGGCAUGCUGGCCAUGUUCGCGGGGGCAGAGGUCGUGCACAGGUACUACAGGCCUGACCUUAGCAUACCUGAAAUACCUCCUAAGCCUGGAGAACUGAGAACUGAACUGUUGGGUCUAAAAGAAAGAUCAAGCGAAGUUCAGACGCCGCAACACUGACCAGAGUUUAUUUUUGUUGUGAAAACUAGAACUGAUAAAAUAUUUAUCCAACUGUUUAAGUUCCAGAAAUACAUAUGUGAAAUACUGUGCUCCUGUCAUGCAUGUGUCUUUGCUUUCCUUUGAGCAGAGUUGCAGGCAGCAAUAAAAACAAACAUACAGUGAAUGGUG